UCAGUCCCUUGGCCUCUGCCUUCCAGAUCACAACUUCAGAAGGGCUUCGAAACCCUCCCUCUCUCUCUCUCUCUCUCUCUUUGCCCUCGGGGAGAUCUUCGGUGACUUAGCGAGCAAUGAAUGGCGAAGGUCGAUGGCGCGACCGCCGAGACCUGCGGAGCUCGAAGAAGCAGAAGCUAAUACGCAACGCCGAGGAGGAGCUAGAGUCGAAGUUAGGUUUCGAUCUUUUCACCGAAGGCGACAAACGGCUCGGAUGGUUGCUCAGCUUCGCGCCCUCAUCUUGGGAGGAUCCAGACACCCGGCAAGUCUAUAGCUGUGUUGAUCUUUAUUUUGUUUCACAGGAUGGUUCUGCUUUCAAGUCAAAAUACAAAUUUCGACCUUAUUUCUAUGCAGCCACAAAGGGAAAAAUGGAAGUAGAGGUUGAAGCAUAUUUGAGACGACGCUAUGAAAGGCAAAUUGCUGAUAUUGAAAUCAUGGAGAAAGAAGACCUUGACCUCAAAAACCAUUUGUCUGGCUUGCGCAAAUCUUAUUUAAAGCUAUCUUUUGAAACUGUUCAACAAUUAAUGAAUGUGAAGAGCGAUCUAUUGCAUGUUGUUGAAAGAAACCAGGCAAAAUUUGAUGCUGCAGAAGCAUAUGAGUCCAUAAUAACAGGAAAAAGAGAGCAAAGACCUCAAGAUUUUCUAGAUUGUAUUGUUGAUCUCCGCGAGUAUGAUGUUCCCUACCAUGUUCGCUUUGCCAUUGACAAUGAUGUACGAAGUGGGCAGUGGUAUGACGUUAGUGUAUCCAGCACUGGUCUUAUGCUUGAGAAGAGGACAGAUCUUUUGCAACGAGCUGAAGUGCAUGUUUGUGCAUUUGAUAUUGAGACCACAAAGCUUCCUUUGAAAUUUCCUGAUGCUGAAUAUGAUUUAAUAAUGAUGAUCUCAUACAUGGUUGAUGGACAAGGGUACUUGAUUAUUAACAGAGAGUGUGUUGGAGAUGAUAUAGAGGACUUGGAGUACACUCCAAAACCAGAAUUUGAAGGGUUUUUUAAAGUGACAAAUGUGCAAAAUGAGGUAGAGCUUCUUAGACAUUGGUUUGCCCAUAUGCGAGAGGUGAAGCCUGGUAUUUAUGUCACAUACAAUGGUGAUUUUUUUGACUGGCCAUUCUUGGAAAGCAGAGCAGCCUAUCAUGGGUUAAAAAUGAGUGAAGAGGUAGGAUUUCAAUGUGACAAGAAUCAGGGGGAAUGUCGUGCUAAAUUUGCUUGCCAUCUAGAUUGUUUUGCUUGGGUCAAACGUGAUAGUUAUCUCCCUCAAGGAAGCCAAGGCCUAAAGGCUGUUACUAAAGCAAAGUUGGGUUAUGAUCCCCUGGAGGUGAAUCCUGAGGACAUGGUUUGCUUUGCGAAAGAAAAGCCUCAGAUGAUGGCCUCCUAUUCUGUUUCUGAUGCUGUUGCAACUUACUACUUGUAUAUGACCUAUGUUCAUCCCUUCAUUUUCUCUCUUGCUACUAUUAUACCCAUGUCGCCAGAUGAGGUUUUACGUAAAGGUAGUGGGACCCUUUGUGAAAUGCUUCUUAUGGUUCAGGCAUACAAGGCUAAUGUUAUCUGCCCUAACAAACACCAAUCUGACCCAGAGAAGUUUUACAAUAGUCACCUUCUUGAGAGUGAGACGUAUAUAGGUGGCCAUGUGGAAUGCCUUGAAAGUGGGGUUUUUAGAUCUGAUAUUCCUACUAGUUUCAACCUUGAUCCAUCUGCCUAUGAGCAACUGAUCAACAACCUUGACCGGGAUUUGCAAUAUGCUGUAAUAGUAGAGGGUAAGAUGGACUUGGAAUCGGUGUCCAAUUAUGAUGAAGUGAAGAAUGCUAUAAUGGAAAAGCUUGUCAGAUUGCGAGAUGAACCUAUACGCGAAGAAUGCCCCCUUAUUUAUCAUCUUGACGUAGCUGCAAUGUAUCCAAACAUUAUUUUAACAAACAGGCUUCAGCCACCAUCAAUAGUUACAGAUGAGGUCUGCACUGCAUGUGAUUUCAACCGUCCAGGCAAAACUUGUCUACGAAAGCUUGAAUGGGUUUGGCGUGGAGAGACAUUCAUGGCAAAGAAAAGUGACUAUUAUCAUUUGAAGAAGCAAAUUGAGUCAGAGUUUGUUGAUCGUACCGAUGGUCAGUUGUCAAAAUCUUUUCUUGACCUACCAAAGACAGAGCAACAGUCAAGGCUAAAGGAGCGUCUAAAGAAAUACUGUCAGAAGGCUUAUAAACGGGUACUUGACAAGCCAGUCACCGAACUCCGAGAAGCAGGGAUCUGCAUGCGAGAAAACCCGUUUUAUGUUGACACUGUUCGUAGCUUCCGGGACAGAAGGUACGAGUACAAAGGACUUAACAAGGUUUGGAAAGGGAAGUUGUCAGAAGCCAAGGCUAGUGGAAAUUCUAUAAAAAUCCAGGAAGCACAAGAUUUGGUAGUGCUUUAUGAUUCAUUACAACUUGCUCAUAAGUGUAUUCUUAAUUCCUUCUAUGGAUAUGUCAUGCGCAAGGGUGCAAGAUGGUACUCCAUGGAAAUGGCUGGAGUAGUGACAUAUACAGGAGCAAAAAUAAUUCAGAAUGCUCGCUUAUUGGUUGAAAAAAUCGGAAAGCCACUUGAAUUAGACACAGAUGGUAUCUGGUGUGUGCUCCCUGGAUCUUUUCCGGAGAACUUUACUUUCAAAACCAAAGACUUGAAGAAGAAGCUGACAAUCUCAUAUCCGUGUGUUAUGCUUAACGUUGAUGUGGCUAGAAACAAUACAAAUGAUCAAUACCAGACGCUAUCAGAUCCUAUCAAUAAAAUAUAUAAAACUCAUAGUGAAUGCUCAAUUGAAUUUGAAGUGGAUGGACCAUACAAGGCAAUGAUUCUUCCUGCGUCUAAGGAAGAAGGAAUCCUAAUUAAGAAGCGAUAUGCUGUUUUUAAUGAUGAUGGAACCCUUGCUGAGCUUAAAGGUUUUGAGAUCAAGCGUAGAGGUGAGCUGAAGCUCAUCAAAGUUUUCCAGGCUGAGCUCUUCGAUAAGUUUCUCCAUGGAUCCACCUUAGAGGAAUGCUAUUCAGCUGUAGCUUCUGUCGCAAACCGCUGGCUUGAUCUUCUUGAUAAUCAAGGAAAGGAUAUUGUGGACAGUGAGCUGCUUGAUUACAUAUCAGAAUCAAGCACUAUGAGCAAGUCGUUAGUUGACUAUGGUGGACAAAAGUCAUGUGCAGUGACCACCGCAAGACGCCUUGCUGAUUUUCUUGGUGAUGCAAUGGUUAAAGAUAAGGGACUCCGCUGCCAGUAUAUAGUUGCAUGUGAACCUAAAGGAACACCUGUAAGUGAGCGUGCUGUUCCUGUUGCAAUAUUUGAAACUGAUGCCGAAAUAAUGAAGUUUUAUGUACGGAAAUGGUGCAAGAUGUCAUCAGAUGUUGGCAUUCGAUCCAUUAUUGACUGGUCUUAUUACAAGCAGAGGCUUAGUUCAUCAAUUCAGAAAAUUAUUACCAUUCCUGCAGCAAUGCAAAAGGUUACGAAUCCUGUUCCCAGGGUAGUCCAUCCUGAUUGGCUGCAUAAAAAGGUUCGUGAGAAGGAGGACAAGUUUCGACAACGCAAAUUAGUUGAUAUCUUCAACUCAUUGAACAGGAAUGGUUUGUUAAAAAAGAAUGUUGAUGCUGUUGACACCAAUAGUUUGAUGAAUGAAAAAAUUGUCGAAGAUUUGGAAGACUUCCGAAACAAAAGCAGCAGUUCUGUAAAUGGACCUAGACCGAUUGUUCGUAGCUAUGAAGUUAAUAAUGGACAACAUUUGGCCAAGACAAAUGGCCAAGUAGGCUCCCUUCAUCAACAAACUGAUCAUAUUGAAAAUGUGCUUCAAGAGUCUCUACCGUUGCAAGAAAAUGCUUGCUCUACUGAAAAUAUUGACAGAAAUGUAGAUUAUCAAGGGUGGCUUGAACUGAAGAAAAGAAAGUGGAAAGAUACUUUGGAGAGGAGGAAGAGGCAAAGAUUGAGCAAUUCAAGGACUCCACUCCGGGGUAACGGUGUUUCUGAACUGCUGGGUGGUGUGAUAAAUCAGAAAGAUACUCAGGGCAGAUCUGGUGUCAGUUCAUACUUUAGGAGGCCUGAAGUAGCCCUGACACGCUGCCACUGGCAGAUUAUACAGCUAGUUCCGAGUUCAGAGAAUGGCCAAUUUUUUGCUUGGGUUGCUGUAGAAGGAAUCAUGCUUAAGAUUCCUAUAACUGUUUCUAGAGUAUUUUACCUCAACUCAAAAGUACCUGUAACAGAAGAAUUUCUGGGAAGGCGUGUAAACAAGAUUCUUCCUCAUGGAAGGCAUAGCUAUAACUUGUACGAGGUUAUCAUCAAAGAAGAUCAAUUUAGAAAAUAUAGCAAAAAGCUUGCAGCCCUCCUUGCAGACCCUGAAGUUGAGGGGAUAUAUGAAACAAAGGUGCCAAUGGAGUUUAAUGCUAUCCUCCAGAUUGGUUGUGUCUGUAAGGUGGACAAAACAGCUAAGAAACGAAAUGUUCAGGAUGGCUGGAGUCUGAGUGAACUUCACAUGAAAACUACAACAGAAUGUUCUUAUCUGGAACAAUCUGUCUCUUUCUUUUACUUGUAUCACAGCAUCUCUGAAGGACGAGCUAUCUAUAUUGGGUAUUUUCCUGCAUCAAGAAUAAUAUCUGUUGUGGUGGUUAAUCCAUAUCAAAAUAAAGAUUUAUCACCGUCAUUUCUUGAGAAACAAUUUCGUGAAGCUUGCCAAGCUGUUUCUGUUGAACCACCUCCUCCCAGUAAUGGUGUCAUUGUCAAGGUGGACUAUGUUGGCUAUGUUAAGGAUGCUGAAAAGAUUUUGCAAAGAGCAAUAAAUGAGCACAAACAUGAACAUCAUGGGCCUACAAUUGCUGUUAUUGAAUGCCCAAAUGCUCAAUCAAUGAAGUUAGGUGUACGAGCUCUAGAUGAUUUCCCAUGUGUGAACAUUCCUUCCAAUGCUCGUGAUAGUCACUAUCAGGUUCUUGGGUGGCAACAAGUGGCUGCAAAAAUUGGAAUGCAACGGUGUGCUGCAUCCUCCCUGUGGUUGAAUGAGAGAAUCUCUCUCUCAAGAUAUGCUCAUGUACCAGUAGGGAAUUUCGAACUUGACUGGCUCAUUUUUACAGCAGAUAGCUUCUUUUCAAGAGCAUUACGUGAGCAGCAACAGUUACUUUGGAUAUCUGAUGAUGGUGUUCCAGAUCUGGGAGGCAUAAAUGAAGAAGAUACCUGUUUUGCUGAUGAAGUCCAUCAACCUGUACUUACAUACCCUGGUGCAUAUAGAAAAAUAACUGUGGAGCUAAAGAUUCAUCACCUAGCUGUAAAUGGUCUUUUGAAAAGCAACCAAGUGAAUGAAAUGGAAGGUGGUGCUUUGUUAGGAUAUGACCAGGAGAUGAAUUCUGGAGCACAUGUUCUGAAUGAACAGGGUGGCAUUGAUGAGGAUACCUCAUGUGCACCUGCAUUCCGUGUUCUGAAAAAAUUGAUCCAAAGGUGCCUUGCUGAUGCAGUCACAUUUGGAAAUGUAUACGCUGAUGCAAUAUUGCAACAUCUAUAUCGAUGGCUUUGCAGCCCACAAUCAAAACUUCAUGACCCAGCUCUUCACCGCAUACUUCACAAGGUGAUGGUAAAGGUGUUUGCACUAUUAUUGGCAGAGUUUCGGAAAUUGGGUGCCACAAUUAUUUUUGCAAACUUCUCAAAGGUUAUUAUAGACACAGGCAAAUCUGAUCUCUCUGCUGCCAAAGCUUACUGUGAUAGCUUGCUUAAAACUCUACAAACCAGAGACCUUUUCGAGUGGAUUGAGCUUGAGCCACUGAACUUCUGGCAUUCCCUGCUUUUCAUGGAUCAGUAUAAUUAUGGAGGAAUUCCUGCCAAAGCUGAUGAUAUCAUACGCGAGGAAUCUGAAGUGGAUAUUGUGUCGAGCUGGAAUAUUGCUGAAUACUUACCCAAGAAAAUUCAGGACCAUUUUGUUUUUAUUGCCUCUCAGUUUAUGUAUAUUCCCUGGAUCUAUGCACGAAAGCAAGCUGCAACAAGAACCUCUUUGCCGGAUGGCAACUUGUGCACCCCAUCAGUAACCGUUGCAGCUGCUGAGAGUUUCGAAUCACAUAUGACGGAAUAUCUUAAAGGGCAGAUCAGCUCUUACUUCACAGACAAACUCCUGGGUAUUGUUCACGAUACCAUUCUUCAUAUGAAGGAGGUGAACAGAACUGAAAAUUACCAGCAUAUAUCUUCCGAGCUCCCACAAUUCACUGAUAAAAUCAACAAAGGGGAUGCUGCGCUCGAGUUCAUUAAGCAUGUCUGUGCUGUUCUGGCCCUAGACCAAAAUGUUCAACAUGAUGUUCUGGUGAUGAGAAAGAAUCUGUUAAAAUAUGUGCAUGUGAGGGAGUUUGCUCCAGAAGCUGAGUUUCAUGAUCCUUGCCCAUCCUUCAUCUUACCAAAUGUCAUUUGCAGCUACUGCAACGACUGCAGAGACCUGGACUUAUGCCGCGACUCAGCUUUGCUGGCUCAGGAGUGGCGCUGUGCUGUGCCACAAUGUGGCCAACCUUAUGAUCGCGAGGUCAUGCAGAAUGCUCUUCUUCAAAUCGUACGUCAGAGAGAACGUCUCUACCACUUGCAGGAUCUGGUGUGUCUUCGGUGCCAACAGGUGAAAGCUGCACAUCUAGCUGAGCAAUGUGCAUGCGCUGGCUCAUUUAGGUGCAAAGAAGAUUUGACUGAGUUCCGGAGUAAGAUGCAGGUUUUUUUGAACAUUGCUAUUCAUCAGAAAUUUCAACUUCUCCAAGAGUGUACCUCAUGGAUUUUAGAACUUCGAUAACUGUUCUCCUUUGCUUUUCUAUAAACUCGUUUAGAUGAGUGACCAAUGAUCAUGCCAAGGAGCUAGAGGCUCUUAAUUAAGUUCUUAACCCCACUCUUUCCUUCUGGGUUUCCAGAGAAAGAGGGAGAGGGGUGGGUAGAGGAGAUCCUGGUUAAAGGAUGUAUUAUUAUUUUUUAUUUGUUUAUCUGUAUAGUGUUUUGGUUUAAGAUAUCAGAAAGCUGUAUAUAACUUUGAAAUGAUUCAUUCAAUCAAUGAAAUAAUCAGUUCCUA